GCUGGUUGUCCUGCUCCUCCUCCCCCCCUCCAUCUUCUCCCCUCUUUUAUCCCAGUGUUGGUGACCCCCUCAUUCUCACAGCGACUCAGAGUGGAGGAGCGUCCCAUGAAACAAAUGUCCUUCCCAGCCAAGAUGCGUGCCGUGUCGUGCAGCGUCUUCCUCCUCCUCCUCUGCCUCCUCGCCCUCACCGGUGCCAAGCGCCAGCCUGCACAAGACAAACGUGGCAAAUCCCAUCAGCCUGCGCCGUCUCCCCAGCCAGCCAAGCGGCCCCGGAGCCGCUCGGUUCUCAGUUCGGGGGAGCUGACCACCAAGGACGGCCACCGCUGCACUUGGCAAACCUCUGGCGAGGGUCUGGUGACCCUGCUGGUGAACUGCAGCAGCGGAACUGAAGGAGAUCAGGAGAGAUACUGGUGUCGUUACGCUGGGAAACCAGACCUCUGCCAGGCCUACGGGGUGAAGUCCAGCCAGUACUGGAAGCAGCUGGUGGGAAAGCUGAAGAAAAGGGGGAAGGCCUGCGGAGAGAAAUUCCUAAAGGCCAAAACCUGUAAGAAGGCACCUCCCGAGGCCCACAUGAAGCUAGCCCAGCAGAGCGGAGGGGAGGAGAAGAAGGGAGGCAAAGAGGGAGGGAAGAAGAAAGGAGUAGCCGCUGAGAAGAGUGCAGAUGGAGAGAAGGUACAGAAGAAAAAGAGUAAGAAGGAGGAGGAAGAGGAGAAGAAGAGGAUGGAGGACAAGACUGGGUUUGAGGAGGAGAGAUUAAUGAACGACAUGGAGCCGGUGCAGGCUUAUUGCAGCGAGGGGUGGCACUCCGUCUGCUCCUUCUUUGUCAAGUUUUUUGAUGGUUGACGCGGCGUUUCCUUCUUUGUUCAUAGUGGCGUAAAAACACAAUCUGAAAGCAAUCAAGGAAAAAGUUUUUGUAAUCUCUUUAGAAGUAGCUCAUUUGUAAGAUCCUGUAGAAGAAGAACAAUCCUGUACCAUUUAUGAAAGCCAGUUUAUCUGGAAUUUGGAAAAAAAAACUUUUUUUAACUAUCAAGUUCUUUUGAUAAAUUAGGUUUACAGUUUGCAUCAAAUUUGCAACAUUGUGGGACAAUAUAUAAAGUUGCUGCAUGCAGCAACACCACCGCAGACCACAAAUAUGGACAUAAAUAUUGACAUGACGAGAAAGCUUAUGCGUGUUAGACGCAGCAAAGUGCUCCUCUUCAAUUCAAUUAAAUCAUAUUCAAAAUACUUCAUUAAUCCCUGAAGGGAAUUGAUUUUCCAGUACAACUCGAGUGUAAAACAUGCCGGGAAUUCCCGCUACUGUGCAGUAUUUCCAGUGGCUCUUGGUCAACGCGGGAGAUCCUGUCAGACGCCCCCAUGUGGCCACAAGUGGUAGUUCUGCAUAGCAUGGCCAUCUGAAUUGAUCUAUCGGUAAGCCCCGCCCCCUCAAGGGCAGAUGAGCCAAUGGCUGUUGAGUAUCAGUUCCACAGGGAACAGAACUCCCUGUUCAGAUCCACAGAAAAACGGUGGAAGAUCGUGAACUCUCAUCUGUUUUAUGGGGUUUAUGUAAAAAAAAGUCAUGCCUUUCCUAAUUAAAAUAAUGAAAUGUAAAUUAAUUGAAUUUCACUCUGGGGUGCAUGAACAGUGCUGGAUGUUGUAAUCAGUAGUCAGGACGACAGUAAGACGAAGUUUCUGCACAAACUCCUCUCCAACUGAAUCCUAUUACCAAACAUAUAUUUUUAGAUUUUCUACAUAUCCCUUCAUGACAUGUUUAAAUCCCAUUUGAAUGCUCCUCAAUGAAAGGUGGUCCUUUUGCAUCCAAAAGUGUGUCUUAAACAUCUUGGGAGAAAGUUUUCACCCAGUCACCAUUAUAAACUAUUGGGGUUAGCAACAGUAACUAAGGGGGGCGGGGCUUACCGAUAGGUCAGUUGUACAAAACUUUGAGAUAAUGAAAGCUAUAAUUCAGCAUAAAUUGUCCCUCACAUUUAUUUCACACUAUUUACAUGUGCAGACGUGACCUGACGGUGGAGAAAUUCUAAAUUCUGCAGGAAAAUCAAUCAGUCUGAUCAUGAUUUGAUCUCACAUUUUGUAAAUUAACUUUGUUUAGCUUUGGGAUAUGUUUUUGUUGUUGUACUUGUGUUGUCUAGAAAAAUUCAGUCUGACUUAGAUCUAUGAUUUUUGGUGUGCCCUGAUCGAUUAAUGACAUGUUCUGAUGAUGAUGAUGAUGAUGAUGAUGAUGAUGAUGAUGAUGAUGAUAACUUUGAUCACUUAGAUUAAUUAAUGAUUUCAGACUAAAACAUUCUCUAGACUUUACAUCGCCUCGUGUAAAAACAGUUUGUUAAAGGUUGUCAUUGUUCCUAUUUGCACUGUUGCAGCAUUUGGUAAUGUCUUUAAGGAAAUGUUAACAAUACUUUGAACUCUACAAUAAAGUCUUUCAAACACAA